UUUUAACAUUCUCAAUUUUAGGAUUUCAGAAUUAUAGCAAAUCUUUACAUCAUGCCAGAUUAUUUAGGAGAAGAUCAAAGAAAAAUUAAAAAAGAAGAAAUUGAAGACAAACCAGUUCAAUCACUUGAUGAGACAGAUAUAGAUAUUUUGAAAAGCUAUGGGUCUGGACCAUAUGAUACCUCAAUUAAAAGUGUGGAAGAUGAAACAACUGCUAUUUUGAAAAGAAUAAAUGAUUUAUCAGGUAUAAAAGAAUCAGAUACAGGGCUGGCUCCCCCUGCUUUAUGGGAUUUAAAUGCAGAUAAGCAAGUAUUGCAAUCAGAGCAACCUUUACAAGUGGCCAGAUGUGUAAAAAUUAUUCAACCUAGUUCAGGAGUUCCUGAUACAUCCACUUCAGGACCUGAAGCCAUGGAUUCCACCACGACUCCCGUCUCCGCUAACAGUAACUCGGAUUCAGGAAACGCCAAGUAUAUCAUAAACGUGAAACAGUUCGCCAAAUUCGUGGUAGAUUUAGCCGACACGGUAGCCCCUACGGAUAUAGAGGAAGGAAUGAGAGUCGGAGUUGAUAGGAACAAAUAUCAGAUACAAAUUCCCUUGCCUCCAAAGAUUGAUCCCACAGUUACGAUGAUGCAAGUGGAAGAGAAACCGGACGUGACGUAUUCCGAUGUCGGUGGUUGCAAAGAACAAAUCGAGAAACUGAGGGAAGUCGUCGAAACGCCAUUGCUACAGCCCGAAAAAUUUGUCAAGCUCGGCAUAGAGCCCCCCAAAGGCGUUCUCCUCUUUGGUCCGCCUGGCACUGGCAAAACCUUGUGCGCGCGAGCCGUCGCGAAUAGGACGGAUGCCUGCUUUAUCAGGGUUAUUGGAUCGGAACUCGUUCAAAAAUAUGUUGGGGAGGGCGCUAGAAUGGUCAGGGAAUUGUUCGAAAUGGCUAGAACUAAAAAGGCGUGCAUCAUAUUUUUUGACGAAAUCGAUGCCAUAGGAGGAGCCCGUUUUGAUGACGGCGCUGGAGGAGACAACGAAGUCCAAAGAACCAUGCUGGAACUUAUAAACCAAUUAGACGGGUUUGACCCUAGGGGUAAUAUAAAGGUUCUCAUGGCUACCAACAGACCCGACACCCUGGAUCCGGCCCUUGUUAGACCUGGUAGGCUGGAUAGGAAAGUGGAAUUCGGACUGCCCGAUCUUGCCGGUAGGACCCAUAUAUUUAAAAUACACGCGCGAUCGAUGAGCACGGAAAGGGAUAUUCGGUUUGAAUUACUAGCGAGACUAUGUCCCAAUAGCACUGGAGCCGAACUCAGGAGCGUUUGCACGGAAUCCGGUAUGUUCGCUAUAAGGGCUAGAAGGAAAAUGGCGACGGAAAAAGAUUUUUUGGAAGCGAUUAAUAAAGUUAUCAAGGGUUACGCCAAAUUUAGUAGUACUCCUAGAUACAUGACUUAUAAUUGAUUAUUCCUUCGUUAUUAUGUAAUGUAU